UGUGACCAAACAUGCAGUCGAUGUCCCAGGAUAGGAGUACCCGCUUCCUCCUUCUCUUCUCUUUGUCUUCGUUCUUCUCACUAUAUCAAUAACCUCUUUUCCCUCGCCACUUCCCUCGCAGUAACCGUUAAACUCUUCCACAUUUUCUCACUUUAACAUCCAACACAACACAUAGAUCUUAUCAACAAACAAAAGCACAUUUCUUUCUUCUCUUCUCACCUACAAAUUCACCUCUUUUUGUUUUACACACUCACCCAAGUUAAGCAUCAUGAUGUCAUUGGUGAAGUACUCGGCAUGGUGUCUCACCAACCCUGCUUCCUUAAGUCACACGGUGCCAAGGCCUCAACUCUGCACUUUCCCUUCAUUCAACAAUGUUCAACACUGCAACCAACUCUCUUUCUCUUCCCUCAAACCUCUUCACAUUUCAUCCGUUGAGAAGUUUGGUUUGUCAGCAAAUCUCGGAAGAAGGGUCACAGACUGCCGGGCCUAUGAAGCAGACAGGUCACGGCCACUUGAGCUUAACAUUGAGCUUAAUGACGAAGGAGAAGGGAUUGAAGCAACCCAGAGACUCAAAAUUGGUUUGUAUUUUGCCACCUGGUGGGCUUUGAAUGUGGUCUUCAACAUAUACAACAAGAAGGUUCUGAAUGCCUUUCCUUACCCCUGGCUUAUUUCCACUCUGUCCCUUGCCGCUGGCUCUCUCAUGAUGUUAAUCUCAUGGGCCACAAGGGUUGCUGAUGUUCCCAAAGUUAAUCUGGAGUUCUGGAAGGCCCUCUUUCCUGUUGCUGUGGCACACACAAUAGGGCAUGUUGCAGCUACUGUGAGUAUGUCCAAAGUUGCAGUUUCAUUCACCCACAUCAUCAAGAGUGCAGAGCCUGCUUUCAGUGUCCUGGUAUCAAGGUUCUUGCUGGGGGAAGCAUUCCCUGUGCCGGUUUACCUCUCACUGGUUCCAAUUAUAGGAGGUUGCGCACUUGCUGCUGUGACAGAGCUGAAUUUCAACAUGAUUGGAUUUAUGGGCGCUAUGAUAUCCAAUUUGGCCUUUGUGUUUCGGAACAUAUUCUCAAAGAAGGGAAUGAAAGGGAUGUCUGUUAGUGGAAUGAAUUACUAUGCUUGUCUUUCCAUAUUAUCUCUAUUGAUUCUCACACCUUUAGCCAUUGCCGUGGAGGGCCCAAAGUUGUGGGCUGCAGGCUGGCAAAAAGCCUUGUCUCAGAUUGGUCCCAAUUUUGUCUGGUGGGUAGCUGCUCAGAGUGUGUUUUACCACUUGUACAACCAAGUAUCUUACAUGUCCCUUGAUCAGAUUUCUCCCUUAACAUUUAGCAUAGGGAACACAAUGAAGAGAAUUUCUGUUAUUGUGUCUUCAAUCCUUAUUUUCCACACACCAAUUCAGCCUGUCAAUGCUCUUGGUGCAGCCAUUGCAAUUCUUGGUACAUUCCUCUAUUCACAGGCUAAACAGUGACUGAGGUGUAGUUUAGAAGCUGUCAUGUGUUACUGAGAAAGCGUAUAGAGAGUGGUUGGAGAGGAUUUCCAUCUACUUUCUUUGAGGUCGAAGUCAUAGCAUUUCAAAUAAUCAUUUGAUCUGGUUUUCAGAGUAGAAUGGAUGAGUUUUGUUUUCUGUUUCUUCCGGGUUGUGAUUUUAAAUAAUUUGUAUAUAAUAUUUCUUCUGGUGCUUUUUAAGUGUCAGUGAUGCAAAUUUUGUCCUUA